AUGAUCAAUCUGGAAGUGAGUUAACAGCAAAUCGGUUAAUGUCACUACUAGAUGAAGAGAGAAGAAAUAGAUGGUUAGCAGCAAUGGAAGAAAUGGACUACACACACUCAAGCAGGAAAAGCUGGUCUCUAUUACGAAAGCUUGGCGCUGUGCAUCCCUCUAAGAAAGCUGGAUGUGUCGCAGCAAUUGAUAUUUCAUUCUUACUUCAUCAAACUGCAAAAAACUGAAAAAUCAGAAGUAAGAAGAAAACUCGUAGAGGAGCUAGGGAAGUGCGAAGAAAAGUCAGCACUCAUGUCAGACUUUUCUGAUGAAGAGGUCUAUAACGCUCUAAAAAAUUUAAGAAACGGAAAAGCAGCUGGAACAGACGAAAUCUUGUCAGAGUUUCUUAAAAAUCUUGGACCCCGGAGCAUCAGCUGGAUUGCAAAACUGGUCAAUAAAAUAGUAAAUACGAAUACUCUCCCAAAAAUAUGGCGAGAAACGAAAGUGAUAGCUAUCCUAAAAUCAAAUAAAGAAGCUACCAACCCUAACAACUACCGACCAAUAUCCCUGCUGUCAACGACUUAUNUGAUCCUAUCACGAUUACAAUCUUUAGUGGAAGCAUCACUACCAAUAGAACAAGCUGGUUUUAGGUGUAAUAGAAAUUGUUGUGAUCAAACCCUCACACUAUCAACGCAUAUAGAAAAUGGCUUUCAACGUCAAGAGAAGUCUGGCGCAGUCUUCCUAGACCUCUCAUCAGCGUACGACACCGUAUGGAAGAAAGGGUUACUAUUGAAACUGACUAAAAUAAAAAAGUGUAGAACGACGAUCAGAGUACUGGAAAAUCUACUAUCAAACAGGAAAAUCCGUGUAUCACUUAACGGUAAGGUAAGCGGGUAAAAAUUCCUCCAGAAUGGGCUCCCGCAAGGAUCCGUACUGUCUCCUACCCUCUUUAAUGCGUAUACGACUGACAUCACCGAUACUGUUUCUAGAAAAUUCAUAUAUGCGGAUGAUGUGGCGCUAAAAAAUGAUAGAAAAAAUUAACAGACUACCUAAUUUACUACUUUAAAAGGACAUGCUUGAGCACCCACCAUUACGCCUAAAGUCCAGAGCCCCCAUAUGGCAGACAGAAAUAAACAAUGAGACUNAUGUGGCGCUAGUAGUACAAGCUAAGACAUUCGCAGCGUUAGAUCAUACUUUGAAUGAUGAUCUAAUAAAAAUACAAAAAUAUUUCUAAAAGUGGAAAUUAACACUGAACCCGAGUAAGUCUGUGACAAGAGCCUAUCACCUCAACAAUAGGGAGGCAAACAGAGAACUACACAUAGAAAUAGACGGACAAAACAUCGCCACUGAAGAAUGCCCUAAGUACCUAGGGGUAAAGUACGAUAGAACCCUAAUAUACAACCAACACUUAAAAGGCGUCAAAAUUAAACUGAAGACACGCAAUAAUAUUAUGGCUAAGUUAGCGGGUAUGUCUAGCUGGGGAUGUCACACCAGUGUACUACGAACUACAGCACUUGCCUUGGUGUACAGUGUCGCCGAAUAUUGCGCACCUGUGUGNUUAACACUGUAUGUUGCACCAUCGAAGAUGUGUUAGUUGGUAAGGUAAGAUUAUGGGUUGUAAUUUAAUUUCUCUGUACGCGAUAAAAAGAAUGAACUAAUUUCGGUUAAAUAUGUAUAAAUAGACUUAAAUUGGUAAGGUAAGCGGGUACAAAUUCCUCCAGUAUGGGCUUCCGCAAGGAUCCGUACUGUCUCCAACCCUCUUUAAUUCGUAUACGACUGACAUCACCUAUACUGUUUCUAGAAAAUUUAUAUAUGCGGAUGAUGUGGCGCUAGUAGCACAAGCUAAGACAUUCGCAGCGUUAGAACAUAUAUUGAAUGAUGAUAUAAUAAAAAUACAAAAAUAUUUCCAAAAGUGGAAUUUAACACUAAUCCCGAGUAAGUCUGUAACAAUGGCCUAUCACCUCAACAAUAAGGAGGCAAACAGAGAACUACAAAUAGAAAUAGACGGACAAAACAUCGCUUCUGAAGAAUGCCCUAAGUAUCUAGGGGUAAAGUUCGAUAGAACCCUAACGUACAACCAACACUUAGGAGGCGACAAAAAUAAACUGAAGACACGCAAUAAUAUUAUGGCUAAGUUAGCGGGUACUAGCUGGGGAUGUCACACUAGUGUACUACGAACUACAGCGCUUGCCUUGGUGUACAGUGUCGCCGAAUAUUGCGCACCUGUGUGGGCUAGAAGCGCCCAUUGUAGAAAAGUUGACACACAACUAAACCACACUAUGCGCAUUAUUUCAGGCACCGUCAGGUCAACUCAAACAGAAUGGUUGUCCAUAUUAUCCAAUAUAGCCCCUUCAGAUCUUCGGAGACUAGCCCAUACAAAAAAAAUGAUAGAAAAAAUUAACAGACUACCUAAUUUACCACUUAAAAAGGACAUGCUUGAGCACCCACUAUUACGCCUAAAGUCCAAUGCUCCCAUAUGGCAGACAGAAAUAAACAAUGAGACUUCAGAGUGCCUAUGGAAAAGAAGAUGGAGUCAAACAGAAACUCGCAAUCAAGACCUGAUUAAAGAACCGUCCAUAAAAGUCCCUGACUGGGAUUUUAAAAGGGCACAGUGGACAACACUCAAUCGUAUCAGAACCGGGCAGGGAAGAUGCAUCUACCUACUGCAUAAAUGUGGCAUGGUUGACUCACCACUAUGUGAAUGUGGUGAGAUACAGAAUAUCACGCACAUCGUGGAGACGUACCCGUUCACAAAGUUUGAAGAUGGGCUGGUAAAACUGCACGAGUGUGGCCCGGCCGCAGCGAAAUGGCUUGAGGAACUUGUUGUGCAAUUAUAA